AUGGGUCUCCGGGGGAUGUUCUGCUUCCCCCUGGGGCUCCUCUUUGGCUCUGUGCUUUUGGUGGCCUCAGCCCCGGCCACCCUCGAGCCUCAGGGCUGCAGCGACAAGGAGCCGCAGGUUACUGUCAGCCACACCUACAAGAUUGAUGUGCCCAAGUCCGCUCUGGUCCAGGUCGAGACUGACCCCCAGCCCCUUAGUGACGAUGGAGACUCGCUCCUGGCCUCAGGGGAGGCCGAGGAACAGAACAUCAUCUUCAGGCACAACAUCCGCCUGCAGACGCCACAGAAGGACUGUGAGCUGGCAGGCAGCGUCCAAGCCCUCCUGGCCCGAGUGAAGAAGCUGGAGGAAGAGAUGGCGGAGGUGAAGGAGCGGUGUGAUGUUCAGCGCUGCUGCCAAGGAGUUGCCGUGGUGGCCCCCCAGGGCCUGCAGCUGCUCAAGAGCACGGAGGAUUCCCUGCUGGUGAGCUGGGAGCCGGCCAGCGAGGUGGACCACUACCUCCUCAGCUACUACCCCCUGGGAGAGGAGCUCCCUGGGAAGCAGAUCCAAGUGCCGAAGGAGCAGCACAGCUAUGAGAUCCUUGGUUUGCUGCCUGGCACCAAGUACAUGGUUACCCUGCGCAACGUGAAGAAGGAGGUUUCCAGCCGCCCACAGCAUCUGCUUGCCACCACGGAUCCGGCUGUGCUUGGCACCGCGUGGGUGACAGAGGAGACUGAGAGCUCCCUGGAUGUGGAGUGGGAGAACCCCCCGACCGAGGUGGACUACUACAAGCUUCAGUAUGGCCCUCUGACACGGCAGGAGGUGGCUGAGGUCACCGUGCCCAGGAGCAGUGACCCCAAGAGCCGAUAUGACAUCACUGGUCUACAGCCCGGAACAGAGUAUAGGAUCACUGUCAUCCCCAUGAAAGGAGAACUGGAGGGCAAGCCGAUUCUCCUGAAUGGCCGCACAGAAAUCGAUAGCCCAACCAACGUGGUCACCGACCGAGUGACAGAAGACACAGCGGUAGUCUCCUGGACCCCAGUCCAGGCUGUCGUAGACAAGUACGUGGUGCGCUACACCUCUGCUGAUGGGGACACCAGGGACAUGGCGGUGCCCAGGGAGCAGAGCAGCACCGUCCUGACGGGCCUGAAGCCGGGGGAGGCGUACAGAGUCUACGUGUGGGCCGAGAGGGGCAGCCAGGAGAGCAAGAAGGCCGACACCAAGGCCCUCACAGACAUUGACAGCCCCCAAAACCUGGUGACCGACCGGGUGACGGAGAACACGGCCACCGUCUCCUGGGACCCGGUGCAGGCCGUCAUCGACAGGUACAUGGUGCGCUACACGUCCGCCGAUGGAGACACCGGGGAGGUGCCGGUGGGGAAGGAGCAGAGCAGCGCCGUGCUGACGGGCCUGAGGCCGGGCGUGGAGUACACGGUCCAGGUGUGGGCCCAGAAGGGGACCCGAGAGGGCAAGAAGGCCGACACCACGGCCCCGACAGACAUUGACAGCCCAACAAACCUGGUGACCGACCGGGUGACAGAGAACACGGCCACCGUCUCCUGGGACCCGGUGCAGGCCGUCAUCGAUAGAUACAUGGUGCACUACACGUCUGCUGAUGGAGACACCGGGGAGGUGCCGGUGGGGAAGGAGCAGAACAUUGACAGCCCCCAAAACCUGGUGACCGACCGGGUGACAGAGAACACGGCCACCGUCUCCUGGGACCCGGUGCAGGCCGUCAUCGACAGGUACAUGGUGCGCUACACGUCUGCCGAUGGAGACACCGGGGAGGUGCCGGUGGGGAAGGAGCAGAGCAGCGCCGUGCUGACGGGCCUGAGGCCGGGCGUGGAGUACACGGUCCAGGUGUGGGCCCAGAAGGGGGCCCGGGAGAGCAAGAAGGCGGACACCAUGGCCCCGACAGACAUUGACAGCCCCCAAAACCUGGUGACCGACCGGGUGACGGAGAACACGGCCACCGUCUCCUGGGACCCGGUGCAGGCCGUCAUCGACAGGUACAUGGUGCGCUACACGUCUGCCAAUGGAGACACCGGGGAGGUGCCAGUGGGGAAGGAGCAGAGCAGCGCCGUGCUGACGGGCCUGAGGCCGGGCGUGGAGUACACGGUCCAGGUGUGGGCCCAGAAGGGGGCCCGGGAGAGCAAGAAGGCGGACACCAUGGCCCCCACAGACAUUGACAGCCCCCAAAACCUGGUGACCGACCGGGUGACGGAGAACACGGCCACCGUCUCCUGGGACCCGGUGCAGGCCGUCAUCGACAGGUACAUGGUGCGCUACACGUCCGCCAAUGGAGACACCGGGGAGGUGUCGGUGGGGAAGGAGCAGAGCAGCGCCGUGCUGACGGGCCUGAGGCCGGGCGUGGAGUACACGGUCCAGGUGUGGGCCCAGAAGGGGGCCCGGGAGAGCAAGAAGGUGGACACCACGGCCCUGACAGACAUCGACCCUCCCAAAAACCUUCGUCCAUCUGCUGUUACACAGUCCGGGGGGGUGUUGACCUGGAUGCCCCCCUCUGCUCAGAUCGAUGGCUACAUUCUGACCUACCAACUCCCAGAUGGCACCGUUAAGGAGGUACAGCUUGGAAGAGGGAACGAGAGACUUGAGUUGCAAGGCCUUGAGCAGGGCAUCGCCUACCCAGUCUCCUUGGUUGCCUUUAAGGGUGAUCGCCGGAGCAGGAGUGUAUCUACCACCCUUUCCACAGUUGGCGCCCGUUUUCCACAUCCUUCCGACUGCAGUCAAGUUCAGCAGAACAGCAAUGUCGCCAGCGGUCUAUAUACCAUCUACCUGCAUGGUGAUGCCAGCCGGCCCCUGCAGGUGUACUGUGAUAUGGACACGGACGGAGGUGGCUGGAUUGUCUUCCAAAGGCGCAACACUGGACAGCUGGAUUUCUUCAAGCGUUGGCGGACCUACGUGGAAGGCUUUGGGGACCCCAUGAAGGAGUUCUGGCUUGGACUCGACCAGCUGCACAACCUCACCACUGGCACUGCCACCCGGUAUGAGGUGAGAGUGGACCUACAGACAGCCAACGAAUCCGCCUAUGCCGUGUAUGAUUUCUUCCAGGUGGCCUCCAGCAAGGAGCGGUACAAGCUCUCAGUCGGGAAAUACAGAGGCACGGCCGGGGAUGCUCUUACUUACCACAACGGAUGGAAGUUUACAACUUUUGACAGAGACAACGAUAUUGCCCUCAGCAACUGUGCCCUGACACAUCAUGGUGGCUGGUGGUAUAAGAACUGCCACUUGGCCAACCCCAACGGCAGAUACGGGGAGACCAAACACAGUGAGGUAGGCGACAGGCUUUCAGCACCGCCCGCGCCCCCCCAUACGCACAAUGCCGCAGUGCUUGUUGCUAGAUCUGGUGAGGGCGGUCUAAACAGGAAUUCGCAUUUCUCCACCACCGGCCAAGAUGAGGACUUGCCGGGACCUGGAAACUGCCGUGGGAGCCGUGCCGCCCGGAGGACUGGCAGGGGAAACCUCAGCUGA